GUUUCAAAGAAGUGAGAGAUAAUCACUGGUGCUUGAUAGGUGACAUUACAUAAACUGAAGUCAUUGAUGGGAAAGAAAAUGAGUUGGUUCAGUGUCCUAAAGAGACUUUUCAAUCCUGGUGAAAAGUUAAAAGACAUUAAGAAAACAAAGAGUUCGGGAUGGAUUUUUAGGAGCUUAAAGUUGAAGCAAUGCCCUUCAAUCGAAGUGCCACAGAUAACAUUAAGUGAAGCAUCUGAAGAGCAGAGAAAGCAUGCCGUGGCUGUUGCAAUUGCAACGGCUGCUGCAGCUGAAGCUGCAGUAACUGCUGCAAACGCUGCAGCAGAAGUUGUCAGGCUGACAAGAGUCCAUACUGUUAUUGGGAAGAAUAAACAGCAUUUGGCUGCAAUCAAAAUUCAAACAUCUUUUCGGGCAUAUCUAGGAAGGAAGGCAUUGAUGGCUCUGAAGGGAGUAGUACGGCUACAAGCUGUCAUACGUGGGCAGAACACUAGACGACUAAUCCUCACUCGUUUGAAGUCUCUGCAGCCUAUUGCGAAACCUCAAGUUCAUCGAAUUAUAAUUCCUCAAGUUGAUAAAGAUUAUAUUACAAUUUCUAAUCCCCAAAAGAUUUUGCUGAACAAGGAUAAGAAGACUGGCUGCACAAUUGGUAAGAACUGGGAGGACAGCAUGAUGUCAAAAGAAGACAUGGAAAUUUCAUGGUUGCAAAAGAUAGAUGCUAUUGCAAGAAGAGACCGAAUGAAGAAAUAUUCAUUUUCCCAUAGAGAGAGAAGGACUAAUUUAACUCUGGAUAACUCAACAGACCAAGAUUUAAAGAGGAGGCCUUGGUUUGAGGAAUGCCAAAUAGACAAGUCAAAAUCAGCAAUUUAUUCAGAUUUAAUUGAUAUUGCUACAUACGGAACUAGACAACAUAAAAUGAGGUACGGUGGCCUUAAGGAUGAAGCACCGGAGGUUUUAAACUCGUCCCUAGCACUCCCAAGAAGAUCAUUCUGUGAUGCUAAUAUAAAGAAGUACUCAAAUACAGAUGACAGUUCUUUGCCAAGCUCUCCUAAAUUUCCAUCUUACAUGGGUGCCACUAAAUCAGCCAAGGAAAAAGUAAGAUCAGCAAGCACCCCCAGACACAGGUUAGGACAUGAUGAGCCUUUUGUUGUUCAGAAUUCAGUAUGUUAUAGUUCUAAGCUCUCUUCUUGGUCUUCUGUUGAUGGGGAAAUUGUCGGCAUCACUAGAAAGAGUAGUACUUGACAUCACUUCUUCCUGAUCAACUGUAAUUAUAUCAUGUGGUUUCCAUGUUGAGUUAGUGAUGUGAUUUCUGUGCUGUUAGAAUUCAAUCUAAAGGGCGCUUCUUAAAGUCGCAAUGUGAAGUGUACCAAUGUUGUGAAAAGUUCCAUUUACUAGUAAAAGACAGGCCUUUUUGAGACAAAUGACAUUUUAACAG